AUUUCUAAGAGUAAGAGUUUUAUAAGUCUGUUAUGUGAGUAAAUAUUAUAAUUUCCAUGGCAACAGAGCCUCCACUUGAUGGGAGACCACUUGUCAUAAUGAAAUGAUCUAAUCAUAUUAUCAAGUAACCAUAGCGACCGAGGCCUUCUCUCCCUCUCUCUCGCCCGUUCUUUACACGCUGCCGCUAGUUUUGUAAGUGAUACAUUAGGAGUGGUCACGCGCGCAGUCACGUGGGCGUCUGCCUUGUCUUUUGAACUAAUGAAAGCACUCCUCUUUGGCACGUGACGCCUUUCUCGACCAAUCAGCGUAAGGCAGGAUACUCUGCGUGUACCAGCGCAUCUCUUUAAGAACUGAGAUGUCGCAUCGAGCUCAUUCAGAAUUUAUUGUCUCGGAUAUUUGUCGUUACUCCAACAGAGUCUUAAGAUUUUAAUUCAGCUUAACCAUGCGCGAGUGUAUCUCUAUUCAUCUUGGUCAAGCCGGUGUCCAGAUCGGUAAUGCUUGCUGGGAACUCUAUUGCCUGGAGCACGGUAUCCAGCCUGAUGGACAGAUGCCUUCUGACAAGACCAUCGGAGGUGGUGAUGACUCGUUCAACACGUUCUUCAGCGAGACUGGAGCCGGGAAACACGUUCCUCGAGCAGUAUUCCUUGACUUGGAGCCAACUGUUGUUGACGAAGUGAGGACUGGAACCUACAGACAGCUCUUCCAUCCUGAGCAGCUCAUCACAGGAAAGGAAGAUGCAGCAAACAACUACGCUCGAGGCCACUACACCGUUGGAAAAGAGAUUGUUGACCUUUGCCUUGACAGAAUCAGGAAGCUGGCUGAUCAGUGCACUGGUCUCCAAGGAUUCCUUGUCUUCCACUCUUUCGGUGGAGGCACUGGAUCUGGGUUCACCUCCCUUCUCCUGGAGAGACUCAGUGUAGACUACGGAAAGAAGAGCAAACUAGAGUUUGCCAUCUACCCUGCACCCCAGAUCUCUACUGCUGUUGUAGAACCAUACAACUCUAUCCUCACUACUCACACCACCCUCGAGCAUUCCGACUGUGCCUUCAUGGUCGACAACGAGGCUGUCUACGACAUCUGCCGACGAAACCUGGACAUUGAGAGACCAACUUACACCAACUUGAACAGACUGAUGGGACAGAUUGUUUCCUCCAUCACUGCUUCUCUCCGAUUUGAUGGUGCUCUGAACGUUGAUCUGACCGAGUUCCAGACCAACUUGGUGCCCUACCCCAGGAUCCACUUCCCUCUGGCUACUUAUGCUCCAGUUAUCUCUGCUGAGAAGGCUUACCACGAGCAGCUCUCUGUUUCUGAGAUCACCAACGCCUGUUUCGAGCCUGCGAACCAGAUGGUGAAAUGUGAUCCUAGACACGGAAAGUACAUGUCUUGCUGUAUGCUGUACAGAGGAGACGUUGUCCCCAAGGAUGUCAACGCUGCAAUUGCCACCAUCAAGACCAAGAGAACCAUCCAGUUUGUCGACUGGUGUCCCACCGGGUUCAAAGUUGGCAUCAACUACCAGCCACCAACUGUUGUUCCAGGAGGAGAUCUGGCUAAGGUCCAGAGAGCUGUGUGCAUGUUGUCAAACACCACUGCCAUCGCUGAGGCCUGGGCUCGUCUGGAUCACAAGUUCGAUCUGAUGUACGCCAAGAGAGCCUUUGUUCACUGGUACGUAGGAGAGGGUAUGGAGGAGGGAGAGUUCUCAGAAGCUCGCGAGGAUCUAGCUGCUCUGGAGAAGGAUUACGAAGAGGUUGGUGUAGAUUCUGUUGAAGGAGAGGGAGAGGAGGACGAUGAGGAAUACUAGACUAUUCUAGAACUUCCACUCCAAUCAGUAGUUGACUGCAAAGUUUCUCAAUAAAACAGUUUAUCUUUGUUUCAGUUAAAUGGCCUGCUUGUAGCUGCCAGUCUUUAAGUUUUAGUUUGCAAUUAUGACAGUUAUGUUAGGAUCGCUUUGCAAAUCUUUUAAUUUGCUGUUGUAAUUGUUCUCUUUAAUUUUUUCUCGAAAAAUUUUUAGCUAGCAAACUUAUAAAA